AUCCUUUGAUUGUGUAUUUCAUAUCAAAAUCUAUAUAGUCUUUCUUGUUCCACUGGCAAGGCAAGGACAAAAUUAUCAAAUGUCUGUUUCGUUAUUACAACCUUCUUUUUUUAUGUCAAAGACAAAAAGCUACGCGCAAAUUCUCAUUGGAUCUCGGUUGUUCUUAACAGCGAUGGCUAUUCAUUUAAGUCUUCGGGUAGCACCACCAGAUCUUCAACAAGGUGGAAAUUCUCGUAUUCUGUAUGUACAUGUUCCUGCGGCUCGGAUGAGUAUAGUUAUUUAUAUCGCAACGGCUAUUAACAGUUCCUUGUUCCCAUUAACAAAGCAUCCCCUUUUUCUUCGCUCUUCCGGAACCGGUACAGAAAUUGGUGCUUUUUCUACUUUGUUUACCUUAGUAACUGGGGGGUUUCGGGGAAGGCCUAUGUGGGGUACCUUUCGGGUGUGGGAUGCUCGUUUAACUUCUGUAUUCAUCUUGUUCCUUAUUUACCUGGGUGCACUGCGUUUUCAAAAGCUUCCUGUCGAAUCGGCUCCUAUUUCAAUCCGUGCUGGACCGAUCGAUAUACCAAUAAUAAAGUCUCCAGUCAACUGGUGGAAUACAUCGCAUCAAUCUAGGAGCAUUAGCCGAUCUGGUACAUCAAUACAUGUUCCUAUGCCCAUUCCAAUCUUGUCUAACUUUGCUAACUUCCCCUUCUCCACCCGUAUCUUGUUCGUUCUGGAAACACGUCUUCCUAUUCCAUCUUUUCCCGAAUCUCCCUUAACGGAAGAAAUAGAAGCUCGAGAAGGAAUACAAAAAAAACCUAGUUCACUCGGCUCGGCAUCCAUGGCUGAAUGGUUUAAGCGCCUAACCUGGGCAACUUCCCUCCUCAGUUGUAAGACAUAUCAGCAGUUCCGUGAUCGCCAGCGCCUAUAUCUGCUCCUGAUGCGCCUGCGCCCAGAGUUUGAGCCUUUACGGGAGCAGCUUCUCCAUCGCGACCUGUCCCUCGGCUUGACACUGCUUUGUCUUCCUAAGCGAAAACGGGCUACUGAUAUUUAUCAGUAUCUCGUCGCGCAAGAAAAUAAAGUAAAGUUUGAGAACCUAAGUUCCCCAGUUUGCCACAUGAAGCCUCGCCUUUUUUCCGGGGAAGACUCCAUGCAGUAUGCAGUUGACAAGAGAGGGAAAGACAGCUUACUUAAGAGGGGGUCCACAUCAGACCUCAAGAGCGCUUCUAAAAGUUCUCUUCCAUUCGAGGGCUAUCCUGUAUUCAGGAAGGCAAAACCAUAA